UCCGCCCGGCUCCGAGCCGGGCUGAGUGAGCUGUGGCACAGAAGAACUCCCUACAUUCCCUCUUAAAGUUUAUCAGCUCCCUCCCUCCCCCGACGCCCCGCGCACUUCUCUUUCUACCCUCCGUUCCCAGGGGAGCGCAGCCUCGACGGCGCGGCCCUUCAGCGGGAUUGACCACCGAAGCGCUCCCGAAGGCAGCGCCGGAGCAGAGAACCCGAGAUAAAAGGGCCUUGGGGAGACAUCAGCCAGGAGCACCUGGGCUGCAAGGGUGAUCUUGAAGGAUGAUGGCUGCAGAGAGCCAGGUCGUCGAUGCACACUUCACUGUAGACAAACAGAACAUCGCCCUCUGGCCUCAAGAGCCUCCUCCCAAGAAGGAUCCACCUCUGGUUCUAAGGAAGUGCCCCACGGUCCGCACAGCAGUCAUCUUCUUGACCCUGAUCCUGGCUGCUUCCGUCCUGCUGCAGGCUGUUCUCUAUCCCUGGUUUAUGGGCACAAUGUCAGAUGUAAAGACCAACGCCCAGUUACUGAAAGGUUGUGUGGACAAUAUCAGCACUCUGGAUUCUGAAAUUAAGAAGAACAGAGGCAGUGUGGAGGCGACUGGUGUUCAAGUCUGGAGGGUUAAUGCCAGCCUGGAUCAGUUGCAUUCCAAGAUCCUGAGGUUGGAAACUGGCAUGGUGGAAGCCAAUACGCAGAUCCAGAUAUUAAGAAGCAGCUGGGAGGAAGUUGGAAAUUUGGAUGCCAAAAUCCCAGACUUAAGAAGAGAUUUGGACAAAGCCAGUGCUUUGAAUGUAAAAGUCCGGGGCCUCCAGAGCAGUUUGGAUAAUCUUGGCAAGUUGCUCAAACGGCAAAAUGACAUUCUACAGAUGGUUUCUCAAGGAUGGAAGUACUUCCAGGGGAACUUCUAUUACUUUUCUCACGUUCCCAAGACCUGGUACAGUGCCCAGCAGUUCUGUGUGUCCAAGAAUUCACACCUGACCUCAGUGACCUCAGACAGUGAGCAGGAGUUUCUAUAUAAGACAGCAGGGGGGGUUUUCUACUGGAUCGGCCUGACCAAAGCAGGAAGUACAGGGGCCUGGACCUGGGUGGAUGACACUCCAUUCAACAAGGCCCAGAGUGUGAGAUACUGGAUUCCAGGUGAGCCCAACAAUGCUGAGAACAACGAGCACUGUGUACAUAUAACUUUGUAUUCGCUUCAGUCAUGGAAUGAUGCCUCCUGUGACUCAAAGCUCCUUUUCAUCUGUAAAAGGCCCUACGUCCCAUCAGAACUGUGAUGGGACAGGCCCUCAGAAUUGCACAUGGAGCUCCAAUUCUUGUCAAGUUCAAGGACAUGCCGUUCUUCCCUCCAUGCUUCAGAGUGGCUUUGCACCUUAGUCUUCCUUGCUUUAAAAUGGUCUCUAAGGCAUCCUGCUGUCCAUCUGCCUUGGCUGGGGACUCAUUGGCUCCAUCAAGGCACCUGGGAUGGAAUGGAGACCUUGGGUUAAAAUGGGAGGGGAGGGUGAAGAGGGUUUAGAAGUUCACACUUCCUCUGUAAGCGUGAAUUUGAGGCAACACCCAGAUCUUAACAUCUUAUUAAGAUCUUAUUAACAUCUUACAUUUGUCAUAACUGACAAUAUUGACACAUUAUUACUAACAAUGUUGACAUAUUAUUACUAACUAAACUCUAUACUUUAUUCAGAUUUCCUUAGUUUUCCCUUAAUAUCCUUUUUCUUUUCUGGAGUUUUAUCGAGGGUCUCAUAUUACAUUUAGUCAUGAUGUCUCCUGGGGUUCCUCUUGGCUAUGAGGUUUCUCAGACUUCCCUUUUUUUUAAAAAAAUAUUUAUUUAUUUAUGCAUACAAGAGCUGGGGUAUAGGCCAGAUGUGCAGGAGGGUGAGAGGAUUCACCAGAGACAGAGCUGGGAACAGAACAGCAGACUGACUGAAAUACACUGCUGAGGGGAGCAGCGGGCGAGGCAGGAGAGGUCUGCUGCACAAUGUGGGUUGCUCCCUGGCCAGCCAGGGAUCGAACUCGCGCUGCAGAGGCUGUGGACAGCCUCAUAGCACUGUGCUUAACCCCUUGUGCCACCAGGGAGGCCCCAAACUUCCCUUGUUUUUGAUGACCUUGCCAGUUUUGAGACGUGCUGGUAUUUUGUAGGAUUCUUCUCAAUUUGGGUUUGUCUGAUGUUUUUCAUCAUACUGGGUAAUAGGUGUUGGGAGGAUGACCUCAGAGAUAAGGUGGGCAUGUACGAUCAGUGUCUCAUCACCACUGAUGUUGACAUUGAUCUCUAUUCGGAGAUGGUGUUUGCCAGUCUUAAUCUCUAUAAAGUUACUCUUUCCAUAUUAUAUUUUUUGGAAGGAAACCAUUGUCUUAGUCUGUUUGGACUGCUAUAACAACAUACCACAGAUAGAGUAGCUAAUAAACAACAGAAAGUUAUUUCUCAGAGUUAUGGAAGCUUGAAGUCCAAGAUAAGGGUGUUAGCGUAGUGGGGGAAGGACCCAUUUAUAGGUGUCAUAGUCCUUGUUACAUCUUCACAUGCAGAAGGGGCAAGUGAGCUGUCCAGGGUCUCUUUGAUAAGUGCACUAAUCCCAUGAGGUCCCCCUUCAUGACCUAAUCACUUCCCAAAGAUAGGCCCCCUAGCACCAUCACCUUAGGGCUUGGAAUUUCAACGCAUAAAUUGGGGAGGGGGAGGGACAUGACUAUUCAGAGCAGAGCAGCCAAGUGUACAGCCCACACUAAUGGAUUCAUGGGUUUUAUACUUUGGGUCAUGACCCAGUGUUGCUUUAUUUUCUUGUGUAUGUUGUUCCAGCUCUGGCCAUUGGGGACUCUUUCAGUUGAUUUACUCUUGUGUCCUUUGUUUGUUGAGCAUCUGCUUACUUUCUGGCACUAUAAAAUGCCCCAGGUUCACUUUAUAUAUUUCUUGCCCCAACCCUAGAGUUACCUAUUUCUUCAAAGAGCCCUGGUUUCCUCUGUUGGUGAAUUGUAUUAGAAAUCAGGAUCUGGGGACCAAAUGUGACUGCAGCUAUUGGGAUGUUAUUGGUUCUUUUCAGCUAGAAAAGCUAGGUAAUGCAUGUGUGUCUACCUAAUUGUUUUUUGAAAAUGUCAUUAUGCGUGCAGUAUGAUGGGUUUUGAGGGGAAUAAGACAAGAAGCAGAGAAAACAGUCAGAAGACUAAUUGAGCUAAAGCUGAGUGCAUGGUGGCUUGUAUUGAAGUUUGUGAUGUGAAGGAUUGUUGUUGGUAUUGUUGGAUUUGGUGUAGGUGUGAAGCCAGAACACUUUGUAUGUCUGAGUACAAAUCCUGCAUCAGGCACCAAAGCUGCCUCUCUCCAGCCCUGGCACUGCAGGCCUCUGGUUUGGCAUUACUGUUAGGUGGACUCUUCCCAGUGGUGAUCUGGGUAGCUCCAAGCCCGCAAACUCACAGCUCUGCAACUUUAGAGGAAAGAGCUUCCUUUUCCAACAGUCCCAGGAAAAAGCCGGCAUUGGGUCACAUGCUUGUUCCUAAAACAGAAUGGUGUUUGGGGGAUGGGUUAUGUUCAAGCCACUAGUUCAAUCCUAGGGUUGGGGAUUGGGUAUGGGUUCAUCCUCACCCCUACCAGGCAGACAGAGCAUGAGGGGAGGACUGGUCAUCAAGACAAAUCCCAGGUGAGAGGCCUGAGAGAGACUGUUUGCUCUCAGAUGCUCGGGGCCCCUGCUUGUAGGCUGUGGGUCUCUCCUUUCCAUCAAAAUUGUUGGAUCGAGCCAUUCCCUGGAAGACAAUUGAUGAUGAUGCUGUGUUGUGAGAAGAUGAUAUGAAUGACAACACACUUCUGGGGUGUCUGCACCUAGGGGUCUGCAGUAGCUAAAUUCAAGGCUCUCUAGGGGCACAGCCCCUACCCUGCAGCAGGGCAAGAAGAACCUGCAGUGAGAGUUUCCAGCCAAUGAGUGGCUCUUGAAGAAAUGUAUAAGUGUCCAUUUGAUUUUUCUUUCUGACCACAUAUAUAUAAAAACUUUUUGG